AUGGAAAAUUAUGACACUAUGAUGUAUGGCAAACCUAGUGAUUAUGUUGAAUAUGAUCCAUCUAAGUUUAAAAAGAAUCCCCAUGCUGAUUUCAAGAAACCAAUGAGUUUUGUCAAAAAUGAAAAUAUUCAAAAUAAAUCAGCAGAUAAGUCCGAUCAGAUAAAUGAAACCGUAGUAUAUACAGAAGCCGAAACUGAAACGAAAACGGAACCAGUUAGCGAACCCGCAGAGGAGAUGAAGGAAAGUUCACCAAAUUCUGAUUCUGUUAAAAAUACUAACUGUUCUAGUUUGUGUGCAGAGUCAGUAAGAACUGAAGAGAAGUCUAAAGAGGAUGAUGAAUCACAUCGAAGUGCUGCUGAUAAUGUUAUUUCUAAUAAAAAUGGCCUUUAUGCUUGGAACUAUGUUUUUUCUUAUUUUGCUGAGGCUCAUGGUGUUCCGACUAAAACUGAUGAAUCUGGUGCUGUGAUUUUAGAUCGUGAUGAAAAUGUUUUCACAAGGAAACCUGAUGUAUCGACUGAUAAACUUGAUACCUGUGUUUCAAGUGACUCAGAAAUCAUUCCUGCUGAUUCGGACAACUAUUUUAGUAUGCCUGAAACAUCAACUGAUACAUCAGAGACGCAUGAUCAGGAGAAAAAUGAGAAAAUUGAUAUGUUUGAUUGUGUUAGUAAAGAAAUCGAUGAACAGGGAUCAUCUGACGCACCUGACAUUCAAGCUGCAGAUUCUGGCACAUCAGAUAAUGAUUGUAGCACUUCUGAGAAUUCUGAAUGUGACAAACACUCAGAACCAAGUAGUGCAACGCCCGAAGAGAGUCAAACAGUUUCAAACAUAGAUUGCUCUUCGUGUGGGAAACCAGAAUCAGCUGAUGCCAGAAACUCAGAGGUUGAUGAAGCUGAAGAAGAGAUAUUCAUAGAAACCAAUUCUGAGGAAACUCAUGAGAUCUUGGAGCCUGAAGAAAAUGGAUCCACAGAAAUCAAUUCAACAGUUGAUUCAAUUGAUGAAACUGAAGAAGAGAUAUCUGUGGAAACCAAUUCUGCAAAAACUCCUGAGAACAUAGUUUCUGAGGAAAAGGAAUCUGUGGAAGUCAAUUCAACAGAUGAUUCAACUCUCGAUCCCAAAGGAUCGGAUUCGGAAGAAAGCAUUUCAAAUAAAGCAAAGUCUACCGAAUCUGCUCCUUCAAAGAAGAAAUGA